UCUUUGUGCGCAUGCGCGCUCGUACACCUCUCCCCGCGGAGCUCGGCUGAGUCAGUCAGUCUGUCGGAGUCGGUCUGCGGAGCACCCCGCGCCGGGUACUUCGGAGAGCCAGCUGCUGGAUUAUUCUGUGUGCCCUCCCACUCUCCUGCCCCGCGUCUCGCUUCACCCCUCUCCCGCCCUUGCUCGUACAGCCAUGGCGGAGUCGUCGGCGGCCACUCAGUCCCCGUCAAUCUCCUCGUCGUCCUCCGGGGCCGAGCCGUCCGCGCUCGGCAGCGGCGGGAGCCCCGGAGCCUGCCCCGCCCUGGGGGCGAAGAGCUGCGGCUCCUCGUGUGCAGCCGGAUUGAGCUCUCAUUGCUCUAAUGAGCCACUUUCAGAAAUUAUGGCUUCCUUCUUUCUUUCAUUUUCUGAAAUACAUAACCCUGACCUUACAAUACUGCUUGGAGAAAAAAGGGAAACAUUAGGCAGCCAACUUAUUCUAACCAAAGAAGGAAAAGACCCUUUGGUUCCUCUAGGUAUGAAAAAGCUGGAUGCUUCUCAAGGGACCAGUAAGGACAGAGUAGACACUCCGGUUUCUCUUACAGCUGGCGGGUCUGGCAACCACCCUUCCAUUCCAGACAGUUUCCCAGGGCAGCCUGCUUUUCUCUCAAAGGAAACUGGUCCAGCAGAAGAGUGGACAGUUGAGGACCAAGAACCCAAGAACCAGAACAAGGUUCCAAGUGGAGAGGACAGGAGUGCACUGGCUCUUGGGCAGUCUAAGGCCGAACACAUUUGUACACACUCCUUGUCCUCGGCUGAACUUUCUGGAACCAGUGUAGAAAAAGAUUCUCCUGAGUCACCAUUUGAAGUCAUUAUUGACAAAGCAACUUUUGACAGAGAAUUUAAAGAUGUGUAUAAGGAGAGCACAAAUGAUUUGGGUGGAUGGGCAGCUCCCAGUGAUAGAGAAUCCCCUGCAGACUUGUUGGAAAUGAAUGACAAAGUGUUUCCCCUGAGAAAUAAAGAGGCAGGGCGUUUCCCAGCCUCUGCUCUGCUCAGUAGACAGUUCUCACACACUACAGCAGCACUGGAAGAGGUGUCUAGAUGUGUGAAUGAUAUGCACAACUUCACUAAUGAAAUACUGACUUGGGACUUAGUUCCCCAAGCAAAACAUCAGUCUGAUAAAUCUUCUUGCACCACAAAAAGUACAGGACUAGACAGAAGUGAACAUCGCUCAGAGAUUCCAGUUAUAAAUCUUAAAACAAACGCUCAUCAGAAAAUGCCUGUAUGUUCUCUUAAUGGGAACACUCCCAUCACCAAAUCCACAGAUGACUGGGCAGAAGCGUCUUCCUCUCCAGAAAACAUUGCUGGAAAACCUGUCAAAGACUACCUCAGUUCCACAAAAGAAGCCAGUGGCAGAGGUGAGCCAGGCAGUUCCCAGCCGCAUCCAGAGCUGCCUGGCUCUGUGCCUGAGAAAUGGGUCUCAGGCUCUGAAGCAGCCACAGUGGAGGCAGGUUUACCUGAUCUGAGGGGUGCCUGGCCUAACUCUGUAUUGGGGGAAGUCACAGAGGUUGAUAGUUCUGGGGAGUCCGAUGACACGGUCAUAGAGGACAUCACAGCAGAUCCCUCAUUUGAGACCAACCACGUUCUGCCCCCAAAACCUGACUCCCUUCCAGGUGCUGCUGCAAAAACAAGUGCAAGGGACAUCGAAGAGACUCCGAGUUGUGGGACUGGGAGGGGAGAAGCAUAUGAAAACCCGGGAGAGCCGGGCAGUGCCUCUGAGCUGCAUCGGGCCCAGCCAAAAACUGCUCCUCUCGGAAGGAGUGUGGAAGGUGAAGAGGUGUGUUCACAAGUACCUAAUACUCUGAAUAAAGUCACACCUGAAACAACGCCUGCUGUGACUGACAACCCCACAGCUCCUUCAGCAGCACCUCCAAGUGUUCCUAGUGAUACAGGAUUCCCACUAACUGUGAAAGCUUCUGUCAACUUGGAGUCUUUGCGUGGAAAAUAUGUUGAAGAUACAGAUGGUUCCUCCCCAGAGGACUUGCUGGCUGCCUUCACAGGAGCCAGGGAGAAAGGAAUAGUGGAUAAAGAUCACAGCGGCUUAGAAGCAGUGUUAGAGAAGACAGCAGACUUUAAAAACACUUUGCCUGUGGAACUCUCUCAUGAAAGUGAGCUAGAUGGUUCUGAAACCCAAGACGUUAAAAGCAAAUACAGUGAGCACAGCAAAGAAACAAAUGGAGGUGAGCUGGGUGUGCGCUCUCCUCGAGGUGCCCCCAUGGUGUCUCCUGACUUAGAACAAGAGCAGCUCACCAUCAGAGCCAUUAAAGAGUUAGGGGAAAGGCAGACUGAGCAGGUGCAGACUGAAGGAGCAGCUCCUGGAAGAAAACUCAAGCAAGCCUUUGCUCCACAAUCUUGGCCACAGAGGUCAUCUGACAUCCUAGAACACAUAGAUGUCAAGACUGGAUCUGAUCUUGGGAUUUCCAAAAAGCUCACUAUCAUCAAAGACACUAGAGUAGAUCCUAUUUCCAGCCUUAGCAAGACUGAAACGGUUAACAAGCAUGUCCUAGCGAGACUUCUGACUGACUUCUCAGUACGUGAUCUGAUUUUCUGGCGAGAUGUGAAGAAGACUGGGUUUGUCUUUGGUACCACACUGAUCAUGCUGCUCUCCCUGGCAGCAUUCAGUGUUAUCAGUGUGGUCUCUUACCUCAUCCUGGCUCUUCUCUCCGUCACCAUCAGCUUCAGAGUCUACAAGUCUGUCAUUCAAGCUGUGCAGAAGUCAGAAGAAGGCCAUCCAUUCAAGGCCUACCUGGAUGUGGACAUCACCCUAUCCUCAGAAGCUUUCCAUAACUACAUGAACGCUGCAAUGGUGCAUGUCAACAGAGCCCUCAAACUCAUCAUCCGUCUCUUUCUGGUAGAAGACCUGGUUGACUCCUUGAAGCUGGCUGUCUUCAUGUGGCUGAUGACCUAUGUUGGUGCUGUUUUUAAUGGAAUCACCCUUCUUAUUCUUGCUGAGCUGCUUGUUUUCAGCGUUCCAAUUGUCUAUGAGAAGUAUAAGACACAGAUUGAUCACUAUGUUGGGAUUGCCCGGGAUCAGACCAAGUCAAUUGUUGAAAAGAUCCAAGCAAAGCUUCCUGGAAUCGCCAAAAAAAAGGCAGAAUAAGCACGUGGAAGCCAGAAGUGCAACAGUUACUAAAACGCCAUUUAAUAGUUAUAACAUCGUCACUUGUACCAUGAAGGGACUUGCUCAGUGUCAGCUUGAGCUUGGUUCCAAGUUGUUUGUUCUUAAUUUGGUGUUCUCUCCCCUCCUCCCCCUUUACCCUCAAUACCAAGCACAAGAUGUGUUAGACUGAAAAAAGAACUGAUCUCUUAGAACCCAAAAGAAUAAAGAAUGAAUCAAAUUAAUAGAAUUAAUCAGACCAUAACAGUGGUGGAGCUUUUACCUGUACCACAAAAGGAGAAAAAGAAGAGAGAAAUGCCUUAGGGUCCUCUCUCCUGUUUCAAGGACUCAUACACAGUUCCCAUUUAUAAUUUUGCCCUUAUUUUUAAGUUAGGAAAUAAUGAUUAACUUAUGAAUAAAUAGUCAGGGGCAGGAGUGGGAUUCCUUCCAUUGGGUUUGUGCGGCCCUCCAGUCCCACCUUCCUGCCUUACACCUGAGCAGCUACUCCUACUGCUCUUCUUCUUCCUUAAAUGAAAGAACUGUCAGCUCUGAGUAACUUACAGGUGAUAGAGGUAAUUCCCUUUUCCCAGAACGCCAUCUGAGAAAUUCAGAGGGAACAGAGUGGGGUGGAGCAGUCAGCAGGAGGGUGGCAGUCACCCUCCUGCUGCUGCCCUUCCUAGAAAUGGAAGGGCUCUGCCACUGGGAGGGCAGUGUCCGAGCCGUUGGUCUGGGAUACCAAUGUGAGUGUUGGCUUGAGAAAUCAUUCCAGAAUGUGCUUCUCCCUCUUUUCCCUGCCCACCUUACCUCAAGUUUAAUAAAUAUGGUUGUACUUUUCUUAUUAUGAAAUGUCUGUAACUGCUGUACACUGCUAUAAACUUAAGAAAAAUAA